GAUACAGAUACAGAAACAGGAAAAUCCCUUUUUCUAUAAAUAAAGUCCUUUCUUUUCUAAUAUCGCCAUUUUGCUUUACAGACUAAAUGGUUUGUUAAAGUUUAACAAGGUGGUGCCCCAAGUUAAGAGUAAACAUCGUUUUGUUGGGUGGUACCACCUGUAAAAUGGUGACUUAUGCAGUAUUUGUAUUUCUAAUAACUCUGAGUAUUACAAGUGCAUCUAAACAGUGUUAUGCUAACCAGAAAUUGAGGAUGAAUAAAGAUGGAGUUCAAAUAUGCUGUUCCACAGUAAAAUGUGGAGAAAGUAAAACCUUUAAAUACUGCACAAAUGAUGGUGGUUCAGAUAAAUGUGUUGACUGUCCACCAGGUACCUUCACAAGAGAUAAAUUUGAUACCAAACUGUUUCCUCUCUAUAACCCUGAAAAGUGGCAGAAGGAGCUAAGAAUAUGCGCUUCUCUUCCAUCAUGUGAUGCAGAAGAAAAUCUUUUGGUUGGUACUAAAUGCCGCUGCAACUUGGAUAAAGGAUACUUUGGUGAAGAUGCCAAUAACUGCAUAUUAGAUCGAAGAAACUGUAAAAAUAGAGGAGUGCAGUUGACCAUUCAAGGUCUGUGUGUUCCUUGUCCUGCAGAUACGUUCAAAACAGAAGAUGGAGAUUACAAACAGUGCAGAAAUAAAACAAGAUGCCAGGCAAAUGAGGAAGAAACUUAUCCUGGUUCUUCGACAACAGAUAGAAGAUGCAAAAAGAAAGAAAUUACACAAACAACUACAGUUGGUCCUCCAGUUAUGAAUAUAACAAGUGUCACAGAUAAAAGCAGGGACGAGAAGUCUACACCAGUUGAGGCAUGGUUAGUACCGGUGCUUAUUGUGAUUUUCAUGAUAUUAGGAGUAUUUGGAGGUUACAUAUACAGGCAGCGAAUUUUAGAAUUUUGUCGAAAUGUUAAAAAAGAUCGCCAUGAAGAAGCAGAAAUACAUGAGUUAGAAUCACUGACGGCAACCCCUGGAAAUGGUAGUUAUGUGGUAUUACACACUGAUAGUAAAGUUGAUUAUAAUGGUAAUCCGAAUGCACCCCAUGGUCAUCAUUAUGAGAAUGGUGGAGAGAUUAAUAGAAAUCUGAACAAUACUGGUGGUUUUGGUGGGUCAGCAAGCCAAAAUGGGUUCAGUGGAAACAGGAAAACAAAUCUGAAGGUAGAUGUAGAGAGUCCUAAUAAUCCGAGGGAACACACUGAUCCGAAGUUAGUUGUUGAGAGUCCAAAUAAUCCAAGGGAACAGACAGAUCUCAAGGUAGUUGAUGAGAUUCCAAAUAUCCAGGAUAGGAAGAAAGACAAAUCUAAUGGCAUUCCUACAACUGUCCAAGGUGCAACAUCUAUUCCAUUAAGAGGUCAAGAUGGAUAUGUAUCUUUGGGUGAUAGUUUAUACGAUAAUGAUCCUACUUCUUCAGGAUAUAGUGGAAACCAAGUAGAUACCAGUGAAUCAAUCAAAAGCCAGGAAAGACGUUUAUUAUCAAAUAAUUCCAUAGAAGAAUUCACGCCUACCAGUUCAGGAAACAUACCAACACCUAGCCUUCUUGGGAGCUUAGAGACAACACAUGAUUCUACCAACAGUAAGGAGGCAUACAGUACAGGGGAAGGUGUUGGACCAAAGUCAGACACAGGUGAAGAUCAUAUUAAGAAUAAUAAAAGGAGUCCAAUCUUAAACCUGUCAGAUAAGAAGAAUGAAGCAUGUACAGAUCGCCCAGUUGGUAAAGUUUCACCAACAAUAAGACCUGAUCCUCAAAACCAGCAAAGUCCAAAUGCUAGUCAAAAUGAUGAUCAAGUCCAACCUUUGAACACUACUGUAGGGGGAAUAGAUAUUGGAACAGCUUCAAAUAAUGAUAGUUACAAGUUUGUUCCAUCUCAUGCUAAUCGUUUGGAAUUUAGUUCUGAAAAUGGAGAGAACCUUGCUGCUGCUGAUACCCAAGAAUUAAAUGAACCAAUGAAUGACAGGACUCAGGAAUCUUCAUCUCAGGACCGUAUUCAGUCAGUGAGUCAGCCACAAUCUUCCAACAGAAUUAGAACAUCAGAGCCUGAAGGAAACGGAACUAAUUUGUCUGAGAAUGGAACUUCACAUACAUUUAGAACACAUUCUGGUCGAGAGGUGUGCACACCAGAAUCAGCAAACAACAGCCACGAAAGUAGCAUUGAACAAAACACCAGAGACGAUAAUUCUCAUCAAAGUGAGGAAGCCAGUUCAAUGGACAACUUUUGAGUAGACAGUGAUCAAGGCAUCUACAGAUAAGAAACAAGACUGUGGAAGAAACAGAAUAUAAUCCUUUAAUUUAUUAUGCUAGACAUGUAAAGAAUAUUGUGCUUGUACAAUUGGCUUAUAAUUUAUGUAUACAACUUUUUAGAAUAUGUUGAGUUUUAGUAUAUUUUUAAAUGUUGUACUUAUUCUUGUAAGGGGUAACAUUUCACAGUCAAUGUGACAUUUAGGUAAGAAUUAGAUUUUUCAGCUACACAAUAUAGUUCCUUUAUGCAGCCAGGAUAUUCUGUUUCAGGGGAAAUUGUAUAAUGUGAAAUUAUAUAUUAUUAUGAGCUCAAAUUUCCAUCAAUUAAUUUGUUUAUUGGAAUUGAAUAUUUGCUCAUUGAUAAUAUGACAGCUUAUUUUUCAAAAAUCUUACAUUCCUAAUAUAAAAUAUUUGUCUCUUUACAUUAAUAUAUCCAAGUUAACAUCAUUUUGCUUGUAUUUAACUUAUUUAUUCCACAACCUGUUCUGUUCCAUUUUUCAGCAGGUAAAAUAUCGAACUAUGAGAUGAUAUCAUUUCAAAAUUGAACAACUGCUUCAUUUUCUUAGAUAUUUUAAAUGUUAAAUAGGUGUAAAAUUUAAAUGAGCAAGAAAAAUCUAUAUAGAAAUAGAAUGACAGAAUGACAGUGGAAAAGAAUGAGUCUCAGAAUCCAACAGUUGACCUGAAUUGCCAUAUAUUAAGUAUUCCUAAAUUCUCAUCCACUUUUCAUGUAAUGUUGGAGCAGAAAUCAAUUUUUUAUUUUGAUUAAUUAAUUUUUUUAUUGUUUCUACAUAAAAGUGAACUGUUCUAACAUUGAGACAAAAAAAUAUAAAUACCAAAAAAUCAGGGUGGUUGAUAUAUAUUCAGGAGGGCAGGGAUGAGAAUAUUGGAAUUAUUCUAUUAUGGCUUUACAUAUCACUAUGAUAUGAGGCAACAAGAUUUCAGUGCUUGAGUUGAAAUUUUAUUUUGAAUAUUUGUGAUGAACCCUCUUAAAUGUGCCAUUUAAAAUUUAUUGUGCCAUAAUGUAUUAAAAUACAGUAUAAAAUUGAGAAUGGAAAUGGGGAAUGUGUCAAAGAGACAACAACCCGACCAUAGAGCAAACAAUGUUAAUUUGCAAGUAUAAACUACUUGCAAAUUAACAUUAGCAGUCUACAUUGCAAUUGUUUUGGCAUUCCAUUUACAAAUUUUAUUUUUUUUUUCCAGUUAAUUUUGUAUAUUUGUUAAAGGUAUAAAGUUUAGAGUUUACACUUCAUUUUUUGUUAUUUACUUUCUACUAGGUUGUCAGGUAGUUAGUGUUAUAAGUAUUUAAUUUUUUUAUACAUAUAUCACAUAUAUACAAAUUUAAGUCAUGCAUUUAAUUUUUUUGUACUAAUUUACAAAUGUUUGUCAAAUAUUUGAUUUCAACAUUUCUAUUUAUAAAAGCUAGAUACAUGCUACCUCCUUUGAGGAUGUUGCCACUGUAAAUACGACAAUAUAAUGUAAUUGUAAACACCAAAUGUUAGAUUUUAAAAUAAUCUUCAUUUUCUUUAUACAAAAGUGUGAAUUUCAUUAUUUUGUUUAUAUAUUGAUAUGAUAUUCUAGUAAUCAGAGAUGGUGUGUUAGAUUAUGCUUAGUGAACAGGAAAGGGUCGUUACUUGAUAUUAUUAUUGUGUAUAUUCUAACUAAUUUGAUUUAUUUAGAAAGAGUCACAUGUUCAACUAUAUUUUCAAAGGUAGACUGAAAACAGCAGAUAGAAAAGUGAUAUUGCAGUUAUUUUUAGAAAAGUGAUAUUGCAUGGUUGUGCUCUACUUCUGGCUUGUUGGCAAUAAUAAUAUAACAGUUGUAGCCUUUGUAUGAAGUCGUUACCAGGAUAUAUCGAACUAAAGAAGUAUAUCGACGAUAUAUCCUCGUAUAGACCUCAUACAAAGACUAUAAUUGUAUAGUAUCUGCUGUUUAAAAGUUUUAAACAAAUGCAAUAUAGUCAGUGGUGGUUCAGUUUCAUUGUAUUCAUCAACACCAGUCAAAUCAGAAAUCUUCAGUUCAGAUUUGAUUAGACUAAAACUGAAAAUAGAAGCUGGUUUUUUUUAUGCCCCCCGCCCCCGUAGCAGAGGGGCAUUAAUGUUUACCCUUGUCCGUCUGUCUGUCUCUAGGUCCACACGUCCUGAAAUUGGUUUCCGUUUUCUAACUUUACUUUGCCUUAACCAAAUGGUAUGAAACCUAUACACAAUGCUUAUUACCAUAAAAAACAGAUCAAGUUUGAAUUUUGGUGGCGUCACUUUUACCAUUCUAGAGUUAUGCCCCUUUACAAAUGGAAAAAUUGCUGAAUUUUAUGUUUCCGUUCUCUAACUUAAGUUUGCCUCUACCAAAUGUUAUGAAACUUAUACACAAUGCUUAUUACCACAAAACACAGAUCAAGUGUGAAUUUUGGUUUGGUCACUUUUACCAUUCUAGAGUUAUGCCUCUUUACAAAUGGAAACAUUGUUGAUUUUUUCGUUUCUGUUCUCUUAACUUAAGUUUGCCUAAACCAAAUGUUAUGAAACUUAUGAACAAUGCUUAUUACCACAAAACACAGAUCAAAUUUGAAUUUUGGUGGCGUCACUUUUACCAUUCUAGAGUUAUGUCCCUUUACGAAUGGAAAAAUUGAUGAAUUUUUCAUUUCCCUUCUCUAACUUAAAAUUUAGUUUGCCUCAACUAAAUGUUAUGAAUCUUAUACACAAUACACAGAUCAAGUUUGAAUUUUGGUAGCGUCACUUUUACAGUUCUUGAGUUAUUACAAUGCAAUGUUUAAUUUUAGUUUCCACUGCAAACUUUUGAAUUUUGGUAGCGUCACUUUUACAGUUCUUGAGUUAUUUCCCUUUAUAAUGUUGAAUGCAAGCGGGGGCAUCAUCUGUGUACCAUGGACACAUUCCCAAUUUAUUUAUUAAUCAUUUACUUGUACAUGUGCAUGGCAUAAUAAUCUUGUUUUAUCUCAGACUCUUACUUUUUUUUUCUUUUUUUUUUUAAUUUAUGCUUCAUAAAUUAGUAUGAAACUUUUCUGAAUAUUGAAAUAUAAAAAUAAUUACGGCAAUGGUUUGGUAAUAGUUUGAUAUUAAGGGAAAACUGUCAAGAAAAAAUUUAUAAUUCAGAGAAGAUUUUGGCAGCAAGACAUGUGAUAUAAUGAACAGUGAAGAAAUAAGAACUUGAACAUAAUCACUUCUAAUACAUUCAACUAUGCAUUAAAAUAUUUUGCUCCACAAUAUCUUUAUUUUAAAAUAUUACAUCUGGAAAACAAUUCUAGUUAAACAUUUUGAAAUUCUUGUGUAUAUUUCAUUCAGUCAUAGAAAAAUGAAAAAUCCAGAUACAUUUCCGUUAUUUUUAAUCUUGAGCUCAGCAAACAUCUGAAGCAUUCAUUUGAAAAACAUAUUCUGAAUUAUUAUUUCAGCUUUGACAAAACGAGGCGUUAUAGUUUAAUAGUGUUUCUUCUAACUUUUUUUUCAUGUAUUUAAUUUUUGAAAGUUGUAUAAAUAUUGUAAUAGUUGGAGUGAAUUGCGAAAGAAAGCCUAACCUCAGUGUAGGGUAGACAGUAUAUCAUUCAUGUGGUUUACUGCGAAAUAGACAACUAUAACAUGUACUUUUGAUUGGAUGACAUAUAGCUGUAUGUGGGAAAGCAAAUUUAAAAUUGUGUGGUAAUAUAAUGAUAUACCCAGAGAAAUAUGUGGCAAAAUUAUAUUUUUUCAAGCCAAGAAAACCAUUUCAGUUAGACAGUGGAAGACUGGAGGGCUGGUUAGUUUCGCUGGUUGUUACAGAAUUCAAUUUAAUAUUUUCCAUCUAUUAUGAACUUUAUCAUAUAAUUAAACAUGAAAAUUGUAAGUGACGGGUGAAAUACAGGGGCAUGUGAUCAAAGGUUCGUGAUGAAGGGUAUGUGAUAAAAUUGGGGCAUUUACUUCAGGGUAUCAUCUGAUAAAAGUUUUAAAAUUAGUAUUAGGUGUACAAAGAAGAAGUAUUACUAGCUAAAUGUAUGAUGAAAAUACAUAACGUACAUUACUACUAAUUAUUAAACAGGAUAUAUUUGUUUAAAAGAAAAUAUAUCAGAAUUGGUUUCUCAACUUAGUAGAAAUAGUAUGUAGUGAUGUACUGAUAUGCAGAUUUAUCUUUUUAAUCCUAUAUUUAUAUACUUUAUAAUUACAGUCACCACAUUAAUUUUGCAAACUUUUUAUAACUUUUUGACAAUCAAAUGCAUUUACACUUCAAUUAAAAUUAAUUUAAUUGUGCAAUAUAAUAUUAUAUUUUAACAAUAUUAUCUUUUUUGUUAAAUAGUUAUUGUUUACUUUUUUACUGUGAUAAUAUUGCUAAAGGUUGGUGUAAAUUACUGUCAUCGUUGCAUUGUCCAUUGAUCAGUUAGAAAUUCAGUUUGCAUAAUUAAAAAGCAGCGAAUCUUUUCACAAAAAGCUUACGAUGAAAAUUGAAAUUCAUUAUAAGUUAACUGAAAUAUUUAAGACUAAUGAGCAUUUUUUCUCGUAAGAUUAUUUUGUGAAAAAAAAUCGUAGAAUGUGAGUAUAUAAUGAACAAGGAUUUUGAAACGUCUUCUGCCCGUCUGUUUCCCAUACAUGCUGUAUGUCAUCUAAAAAUAGAGAAGUACAUAUAGUUGUGAGGAUUGAUUUUAUACAAAUAGAAUUAAAUUGUAGUCUAUUGUGGUUUUUCUGUGUGAAGGAAUUUUUAACUGGAUUUUCGAAGGAAAUAUCGAUUAUUAAAAUGGGGAUGUACGGCAGGCGGCUGGGUGGGCUGACGGGCGGCUGCCAAACAGUGUCACCACAAUAACAUGAAAACGCUUUAACAAAUUUUUUUCAAAUUUAAAUAUGUUGUUUCCUGGGACUUAAUGAAGGUCUAGUUCAAUUUUCAAGAUUUUAGUAUUUCUCCUUUUUGAGUUAUCGCCAUUUUUAAUAUCCAAAAGUGGAAUUUUUAGAUAUUUUACUCUUGUUAUCAUGUUAUGAUUUGUCUUAUCUCACAAUAAAAAUUGGAGUGACAGAUUUAUUUGAAAAUUAUCUAUUUCCUAAGUGGUAUUAUAAAUGAUUAUAAGCUAUAUCAUUAGACAUUUUGAAGAUUAUUACAUUAUUAAUUAUUAUAUAUGUAAUGUUAGAGUACUAUGUUAAACCAUAGUUCUGUUCAAUUAGAUCUGGGAAAUAUUUUAGCAUAUGAUAAUGAUUUAUUUUCAUUAUUAAUUAGAUCUUGGAAAUAUUUUAGCAUAUGAUAAUCAUUGGAGUGACAGAUUUAUUUGAAAAUUAUCUGUUUUCUGAUAAUAAGAUCUGUAGGACUGUAUAAAUGAAGUUUGAAAUGUACUGUUCAUUAUUAAAAAAAUUGUAGAUAAUUAAGUGUCCCUAAAUCAUAUAUAUUCUUACCUCUACCCCGUUCAAUUUGAGAAUGUGCUUUUAUCUUGUAAAUGGUCGAGAUCCCCACCCCUAAACCAUAUAUAUUCUUGUAUGGGGCAAUAAAACAAAUCAAAUGAAAUAUUGGGAUAGUCCUCGGGUUCACACCUACCCUCCUUGUUUUUGAAAACUUGUAAAUGUGCAAGCUCCCCACCCUAAAACCAUAUAUAUUCUUGUAUUUUACAAUAAAACAAAUCAAAUGAAAUAAAAGGUGAGUCCCCUGGGGUCACCCCCACCCCAUUCUGUUUGAGAACUUGUAAACGGUCCAGAUCCCAACCCCUAAACCAUAUAUAUUCUUGUAUGGGACAAUAAAACAAAUCAAAUGAAAUAUAGGGGAAGUCCAUUGGGGUAACCCCCACCCCCUUCUGUUUAGAGAAAUUGGAAACGGUUGAGAUCCCCACACCUAAACCAUAUAUAUUCUUGUAUGGGACAAUAAAAUAAAUCAAAUGAAAUUUAGGGGAAGUCCACGAGGGUAAACCCCACCCCCUUCUUUUUGAAAACUUGUAAACGGUUGAGAUCCCCACCCCUCAACCAUGUGUAAUCUUUUAUGGGACAAAAUAACAAAUCAAAUGAAAAUUAGGGGAAGUCCCCUGGGGUAACCCCACCCCCUUUUUUUGAAAACUUGUAAACAGUCAAGAACCCCACCCUGAAACCAUUUUUCUUCUUGUAUAUUACAAUAAAACAAAUCAAAUGAAAUAAAAGUCUAGUCCCCUGGGGUCUUUUUUGUGAUUGAGGUGUUUUCCUUUGAACAGAAAUUGUUAAUUAUAUACAUAAAGUUUGAUUACACUAAGCCUUUAUAGAUAAUUUUCACCUGUUUAUAUGUCCUGUAAUCAGUUUACUAAACAUAUUGUUAAUGUCUUAUCUUGAGUGACAGAUUUAUUUGAAAAUUUUCUGUUUUCUAAGUGUUAAUGAUUAAAAGCUAUAUAGUAGUAAAUAUAGUUAGAAAUUUACUGUUCAUUAUUAGACAUUUUGAACAUAAUUACAGAUAAGUUUUAUAGAUUUUUAAAAGACAUUGUAUUAAUGAUAAAUAAAAUUUUUGAUUUUUUUUCUUUACUUUAGUAAAUUGUAAAUUGUUUGUUAUUCUGUAAAAACUAAUUUUCUGAAUGCUAUAUAUAUUUCUUAAUUAGGUGAACUCCUUUCAAAACUUAGCUUAUAUUGUCUAUUAAUAAACAUAUAUUUAGAUUUCUGAUUUUGGGCCCAGUUUUCAAGUUGGUUCAAAUCAGGGUCCAAAAUUAAACUGUGUUUGAUUUCAACAUAAAUUGAAUAUAUAUAGGGUUCUUUGAAAUGCUGAAUCUAAACCUGUAUUUAUUGUCAUCAUUAGUUAGAUAAUACCACAUCGAGGUACUAAGGGUCCUGAAUUAAACUUUUGUUUAAUCAACAAUUGAAUUCUUGGGUUCUUUGAUAUGCUGAUUUUAACAAUGUUUGAGUGUUAAAUCAUAUCUAAUUUAAGAGAACUUAGUCAUCACUGGUUGUUGUUAUAAUAUUAUUGAUUAUAAUUUGAAAAAUUACAUCAUUUCUAAUUUUAUAGAACUUAGUCAUCACUUUAUUCAUUAUAAUCAUAUCUAUUUAUCAAGUUUGAGUUAUUUCCCUUUGCACAGAAUAUAUAUGGAUAAAAUUAAAUUGUGUUUCAUUUCAACUUAAAUUAAAUAUAUAUAGGGUUCUUUCAAAUGCUGAAUCUAAACCUGUAUUUAAAUAUUAUAUUUUUGGGCCGUGUUUUCAAGUUGGUCCAAAUCAGGAUCCAAAAUUAAACUUUGUUUGAUUCACAAAAAUUGAAUUUAUGUGGUUCCUUGAAAUGCUGAAUCUUACCAUGUAUUGAGAGAUUUUGGAUUGUGAGCUCCUUUAUCAAAUUGGUCCACAUUGUGGUCCAAAGGGUCCUAAAUUAAACUUUUGUUUGAUUUCAUUGAAAAAUGAAUUUUUGGAGUUUUUUGAUAUGCUGAUUCUGACAAUGUACUUAUAUUUUGGAUAUUGGACCAUAAUAGGUAAAUGUGCAUUUUCAAAUAUUUCAGUUCUUUGACCACAUUCAUUUUGUGUCACAAACCUAUGCUGUGUCAAAUGUUCAACCACUAUCCAAAUUCAGAGCAAUUUUAAGCUUAAAUGAAGUGUCCAUACUUGCUCGACUGUUCAGGGUUUGACCUCUGCAGGAAAAUCCGGUUUGCUGUCACUCUGACAGCCUCUUGUUUAUUUUAAAUUUAAUGUCUUAACAGAUUAAUGUUUUCAGACAAUCAUAAGAAACAUUAAGAAGUAUUAUUGUAAAUAGAAAUUUUAUUAUAUGUAUUAUUUUCAGUACUAAAAAUUUGAUGUAAAGAUUAUUGUUUAUGAACACUUAGAUAUUAUUAUGUACAUUACUCUUUAGUGACAUAUAUUCCAUGGAACAUCAGAGUUACAAGUUUACAUUUAGACUAAUUUAAUUUUUCUACCUGUACUAUUGAAUUAGAGAUGAUAUUUUUUUAAAUCAAUAUUUGAUGUAAAAUAUAUAGAAUAUCACUAAGAAAUAAUUUUAAAAACAUGUCCUACAUAAAUCUGGUCAUUUGAAAACUAUGCUUGUUUGAAAAGAAAAGAACUUGAACUUUAAAACCGUUUAAUGUUAAUUAGUUUAUAGUUGAGAUCAGGCAGUAACAUUAGAUUACAGUUUUGAAGGCCGUUAGCUUUAAAUUCAGGAUCAGAGAACAAUAAACUACUGUUUAUAUCUAAACAUGCAUGCAGUUGUUUUAUACGUGCACUUUGUUCAUAGUUUUAAAAAGUUAUUUAGUGUUAUUAUUAGACUCAUCUUGCUCAAAACCCCUCUUCCACCUCUCUGUGGUGAGCAAGGGAGAAGACAAUUGUCUGGUAAACAGAAUGGGUACAUAAAACAAGAAUAUGUUAUAAAUAGAAUGUCAUUCUAAGUAUCGAAUAUUAAUAUGUAAUUAAAAUAUAGAUAUGAUACCUGUAAUUUACCUGUACAUGAAGGAAUUACCUAAAUGUAGACUUUAAAUUUUAUCCCAAAUGUGGACUCCCCAUUGGCGUAAAAUAUUUUUAGCUCAAAAUGUUUCACCAAAUAGCUCAAACGUGCAUUCCCAAAAUUGUAUUGAUCUGUUAAAUAAUUCAUAGUGUUUUAUAUUACCUAACUCUUCUUGAGCCGGGAUAUCAGUCCAAGACUAGAAGAGAAGGUAAAACGAAUAAGAUUGCCCCUACAAGAAAUCAAAAGAACAUUUGGCAGGUUCUGUAACAUAUCACCUAUGGACACAUCCAAAGAAUACUUUUAAGUUUGCAUUUUUUUCUUCAGGGAGGGGGAGGGGUGUUAUAUUGUUAAUCAAGAGAUGGUUAGACAACAGCUGAUUAGCAUUAGAAAUUUGGAUGCAGUCACAAAUUGAAAUUUUAAAAUUUUAAAAUAAUAUGGGACUCUCUUUUAUAAAUAGUUUUAGUGUAUAUACAGAAUUUCUACAGUUUGUGUAAUAUCUUAAUACAAACAAAUGUUUAAAUAUUUGCAAUUUUUGUGCAAUAUUUGAUAAAUUGAGAUUAACACUGUCUUUUUUAUCUUUUAUUUUUUUACCCUUUUCUAUAUAUUUUAUACAGUUGAAAUACUUUUUCCCUAUUUUAGAUACUAAAGAUAUGUAACAGUGUUUAUAAAUUUUUUGAAAUGAAUUACUGUAAUAAAUUUAUUUUUGGUGCA